AUGGGAGAUUCCAAGCUCGCUGCCGCGGCGCUGCUCGUUUUCGCCAUCCUCAUUGCGAUGGGAGCGGAUCAAGCGGCUGCAAAAGAAGUGGUUCCCGCCAAGGUGCGAGUGGGCACGGUGGUGCUCGUCGGCUCGCUCGCGCAGCCAAACUACGUCGAUUUCGACUGGGCGCGCUGCGUGUCCGUCCCCCAAGGCGCGUCCGCGGGCAUCGACAGCGGCGCGAGCGGCGCCGGCGCGGGCGCGCGCCGCAGCGGCGCGGGCGGUGCGGGCGGCAGCAGCGGAGGGGGAGGAGGAGACGCGGUGGUGUGGUGGGACGUGUUUGGUGGGGGGGAUCGCACAGUGUGCAACGCGGUGCAGCUGUUCGCGUCGCCCGACUGCUCGGGUGCUGCGGCGGCGAGUUUCAAAUACACGGGAGAAUACCUCUUCCGUACCACCAAGAUCAAUCCGUCAGUGAAGUCUAUCCGCUGCGUUCUCGACAACAUCUGCAGCCGUGUCGAGUGCCCAAAACACUCCACGUGCAUCAAGACAAAUGACGACCAGGAGGCGUCCCUCCCUCCCUCCCUCCCUCCCUCCCUCCCUCCCUCCCUCCCUCCCUCCCUCCCUCCCUCCCUCCCUCCCUCCCUCCCUCCCUCCCUCCCUCCCUCCCUCCCUCCCUCCCUCCCUCCCUCGCUCCAUGCUCCCUCCCUCCCUCCCUCCCUCCCUCCCUCCCUCCCUCCCUCCCUCCCUCCCUCGCUCCAUGCUCCCUCCCUCCCUCCCUCCCUCCCUCCCUCCCUCCCUCCCUCCCUCCCUCCCUCCCUCCCUCCCUCCCUCCCUCCCUCCCUCCCUCUCUCGCGCCAUGCUCCCUCAUUGCCCCUCAAGGCCGCUGCCGCGCUUCUCAUGGUCGCCAUCCUCGUUGCGAGUGAGGUGGGAGUGCCAUUGGCGCUGGGAGAAUCUGCCAUCAGAGGGACGACUGCUGGCGGCGGCGGCACCGACCCGACUGCCAUAGGAGCAAAUGCUGCUGCAGCCACCGACCUGGUGCGGCGUUAUGUGCGAAUGGGGACCGUGAUGCUCCUCGGCUCGCUUGCGCAGCCGCGCAAAGUCCGAUUCGAAUUUGAGCGCUGCGUAUCCGUGGGGACGGUGAUGCUCGAAGUCGCAUCCGCGAGCGGCGGCGGAGGAGGUGCGGUGGACGCGCUGCUGUUGUGGGACGUGUUUUUGGGUGACGCGCUUUUCGAGCGCACGGUGUGCGACGCGGUGCAGCUGUUCGCGUCGCCCGACUGCUCGGGUGCUGCAGCGGCAGAGUACCAAAACACGGUUUACCACACAAGGGACAUGAGUACGGUCAAGAUGGGCGCAUCAGUGAAGUCCAUCCUACUGCUGCCAUAUGUGCCCUGCACCUGCUCCCAUAUGUCCCUCCCAUUCUUUCCCCCAUGCCUCUCCCCCCAUUCUUUCCCCCAUGCCUCUCCCCCCAUUCUUUCCCCCAUGCCUCUCCCCCCAUUCUUUCCCCCAUGCCUCUCCCCCCAUUCUUUCCCCCAUGCCUCUCCCCCCAUUCUUUCCCCCAUGCCUCUCCCCCCAUUCUUUCCCCCAUGCCUCUCCCCCCAUUCUUUCCCCCAUGCCUCUCCCCCCAUUCUUUCCCCCAUGCCUCUCCCCCCAUUCUUUCCCCCAUGCCUCUCCCCCCAUUCUUUCCCCCAUGCCUCUCCCCCCAUUCUUUCCCCCAUGCCUCUCCCCCCAUUCUUUCCCCCAUGCCUCUCCCCCCAUUCUUUCCCCCAUGCCUCUCCCCCCAUUCUUUCCCCCAUGCCUCUCCCCCCAUUCUUUCCCCCAUGCCUCUCCCCCCAUUCUUUCCCCCAUGCCUCUCCCCCCAUUCUUUCCCCCAUGCCUCUCCCCCCAUUCUUUCCCCCAUGCCUCUCCCCCCAUUCUUUCCCCCAUGCCUCUCCCCCCAUUCUUUCCCCCAUGCCUCUCCCCCCAUUCUUUCCCCCAUGCCUCUCCCCCCAUUCUUUCCCCCAUGCCUCUCCCCCCAUUCUUUCCCCAUGCCUCUCCCCCCAUUCUUUCCCCCAUGCCUCUCCCCCCAUUCUUUCCCCCAUGCCUCUCCCCCAUUCUUUCCCCCAUGCCUCUCCCCCCAUUCUUUCCCCCAUGCCUCUCCCCCCAUUCUUUCCCCCAUGCCUCUCCCCCCAUUCUUUCCCCCAUGCCUCUCCCCCCAUUCUUUCCCCCAUGCCUCUCCCCCCAUUCUUUCCCCCAUGCCUCUCCCCCCAUUCUAUUCUUUCCCCCAUGCCUCUCCCCCCAUUCUUUCCCCCAUGCCUCUCCCCCCAUUCUUUCCCCCAUGCCUCUCCCCCCAUUCUUUCCCCCAUGCCUCUCCCCCCAUUCUUUCCCCCAUGCCUCUCCCCCCAUUCUUUCCCCCAUGCCUCUCCCCCCAUUCUUUCCCCCAUGCCUCUCCCCCCAUUCUUUCCCCCAUGCCUCUCCCCCCAUUCUUUCCCCCAUGCCUCUCCCCCCAUUCUUUCCCCCAUGCCUCUCCCCCCAUUCUUUCCCCCAUGCCUCUCCCCCCAUUCUUUCCCCCAUGCCUCUCCCCCCAUUCUUUCCCCCAUGCCUCUCCCCCCAUUCUUUCCCCCAUGCCUCUCCCCCCAUUCUUUCCCCCAUGCCUCUCCCCCCAUUCUUUCCCCCAUGCCUCUCCCCCCAUUCUUUCCCCCAUGCCUCUCCCCCCAUUCUUUCCCCCAUGCCUCUCCCCCCAUUCUUUCCCCCAUGCCUCUCCCCCCAUUCUUUCCCCCAUGCCUCUCCCCCCAUUCUUUCCCCCAUGCCUCUCCCCCCAUUCUUUCCCCAUGCCUCUCCCCCCAUUCUUUCCCCCAUGCCUCUCCCCCCAUUCUUUCCCCCAUGCCUCUCCCCCCAUUCUUUCCCCCAUGCCUCUCCCCCCAUUCUUUCCCCCAUGCCUCUCCCCCCAUUCUUUCCCCCAUGCCUCUCCCCCCAUUCUUUCCCCCAUGCCUCUCCCCCCAUUCUUUCCCCCAUGCCUCUCCCCCCAUUCUUUCCCCCAUGCCUCUCCCCCCAUUCUUUCCCCCAUGCCUCUCCCCCCAUUCUUUCCCCCAUGCCUCUCCCCCCAUUCUUUCCCCCAUGCCUCUCCCCCCAUUCUUUCCCCCAUGCCUCUCCCCCCAUUCUUUCCCCCAUGCCUCUCCCCCCAUUCUUUCCCCCAUGCCUCUCCCCCCAUUCUUUCCCCCAUGCCUCUCCCCCCAUUCUUUCCCCCAUGCCUCUCCCCCCAUUCUUUCCCCCAUGCCUCUCCCCCCAUUCUUUCCCCCAUGCCUCUCCCCCCAUUCUUUCCCCCAUGCCUCUCCCCCCAUUCUUUCCCCCAUGCCUCUCCCCCCAUUCUUUCCCCCAUGCCUCUCCCCCCAUUCUUUCCCCCAUGCCUCUCCCCCCAUUCUUUCCCCCAUGCCUCUCCCCCCAUUCUUUCCCCCAUGCCUCUCCCCCCAUUCUUUCCCCCAUGCCUCUCCCCCCAUUCUUUCCCCCAUGCCUCUCCCCCCAUUCUUUCCCCCAUGCCUCUCCCCCCAUUCUUUCCCCAUGCCUCUCCCCCCAUUCUUUCCCCCAUGCCUCUCCCCCCAUUCUUUCCCCAUGCCUCUCCCCCCAUUCUUUCCCCCAUGCCUCUCCCCCCAUUCUUUCCCCCAUGCCUCUCCCCCCAUUCUUUCCCCCAUGCCUCUCCCCCCAUUCUUUCCCCCAUGCCUCUCCCCCCAUUCUUCCCCCAUGCCUCUCCCCUCCCCCCAUUCUUUCCCCCAUGCCUCUCCCCCCAUUCUUUCCCCCAUGCCUCUCCCCCCAUUCUUUCCCCCAUGCCUCUCCCCCCAUUCUUUCCCCCAUGCCUCUCCCCCCAUUCUUUCCCCCAUGCCUCUCCCCCCAUUCUUUCCCCCAUGCCUCUCCCCCCAUUCUUUCCCCCAUGCCUCUCCCCCCAUUCUUUCCCCCAUGCCUCUCCCCCCAUUCUUUCCCCCAUGCCUCUCCCCCCAUUCUUUCCCCCAUGCCUCUCCCCCCAUUCUUUCCCCCAUGCCUCUCCCCCCAUUCUUUCCCCCAUGCCUCUCCCCCCAUUCUUUCCCCCAUGCCUCUCCCCCCAUUCUUUCCCCCAUGCCUCUCCCCCCAUUCUUUCCCCCAUGCCUCUCCCCCCAUUCUUUCCCCCAUGCCUCUCCCCCCAUUCUUUCCCCCAUGCCUCUCCCCCCAUUCUUUCCCCCAUGCCUCUCCCCCCAUUCUUUCCCCCAUGCCUCUCCCCCCAUUCUUUCCCCCAUGCCUCUCCCCCCAUUCUUUCCCCCAUGCCUCUCCCCCCAUUCUUUCCCCAUGCCUCUCCCCCCAUUCUUUCCCCCAUGCCUCUCCCCCCAUUCUUUCCCCCAUGCCUCUCCCCCCAUUCUUUCCCCCAUGCCUCUCCCCCCAUUCUUUCCCCCAUGCCUCUCCCCCCAUUCUUUCCCCCAUGCCUCUCCCCCCAUUCUUUCCCCCAUGCCUCUCCCCCCAUUCUUUCCCCCAUGCCUCUCCCCCCAUUCUUUCCCCCAUGCCUCUCCCCCCAUUCUUUCCCCCAUGCCUCUCCCCCCAUUCUUUCCCCCAUGCCUCUCCCCCCAUUCUUUCCCCCAUGCCUCUCCCCCCAUUCUUUCCCCCAUCCUUCUCCCCCCAUGCCAUUUCCUCCCAUCCCAUCCGUCUCACCCCUUCCUCCCAUGUGAUCCAGACGACAUCUGCAGCCGUGCCAAGUGCCCGGCACACUCCGCGUGCAUCAAGACAAACGACAGCAUGGAGGUGGCAUGCCAGUGCGCCCAGGGCUACCGGGAAGUCUACGGCAAAUGCAAGCCCCAAGAACCUUCAACCGAAUGUAAGUCUCUCCGUUGA